AUGAGAGAUAAUUUGAUAGCAAGCCUCGAUGGAAACAGACUUCAAGCUUUCCAUAAUCUGGAAAUCCUAGAUGUCACCAACAAUCUUUUGCAAAAGUUGCCUGAGCUGAAGGACCUGACGAAUUUGAAGCAAGUUCGUCUUGAUGGAAAUCUUAUAGAAAAAGUGGAGACUUUGGCUUUUUCUAAUAAUCCAAAACUUCAGUUGAUCAGCUUACAGAAUAACAACAUUGUGCAAAUUGCUAGAAACAGCUUUGACUCAUUGGAUCAACUACUCGUGCUGUUGCUCUCCAAUAAUUCCAUCCAGAGCAUAGAACGCGGUAUGCUUGAUGGGAUGAAGAAUCUGCAACAACUGAACCUUCGCAACAACUCGCUAACAACUGUGGAUGAAAACACAUUUUCUUCACUUCGUCAUCUAACAACUUUGGAUCUUGCUUACAACAACUUGAAGAAGAUUGGCAAAAAAACGUUUCUGCACCAAGAAAAGCUUUUCUGGCUGGAUUUGUCCAACAAUCAGCUCUCAUCAUUCGAGGAGGGGACUUUCGAUACGAAGAUUGCUAACAUCCUUUUAGAUGGUAAUAACCUUAUAUGUGAUGAGUCGUUCGACUGGUUUGUAAGAUAUCUUGUCACUAACCGCGUACGAACAUUUCUACCCUUCCAGCCUGAAAUAAGUUGUGCUGGCCCUGAAAAGUAUGCUGGCGUGAGAUCGUGGGUUGGGGAACUUCCUGAAAAUUAG